UUCACUCGAAAGAGAGGCAAUUGCUAAAGAGAUGGGAGCUGUAGUUUUACUAUGUUUCGUAUUUUCCAUGCUUAUUAACAAAUCUUGUGGACAGUUAUCUUUGCUCCAAAACAAAACCUCAGAUAAAAAUGGACUGUUGCUUAGUACUGUAACAGGUAAAUUACCAAAAAUGUUACGAGACAUUCUGAAACGGGAAUCCUUGGAACGCUUCUCUAUGUUACAGAAGAUACAGAGUUUGGAAAGGAAGGACCAGGGAAUGGAAGCAGAGAAUGCAAAACUUAAAAGAGAAUUGAUUAAGAUGAAUGAGACUUUACAACAGGAAUUCGGAGCAAAUAAUGAUGUCAAUCUUCUUGCUGCAACACUGGAAACUGCUCUUGGAGUUCUGAAUGAAUCAAGUUUGCAGUGGACAGUGAUUUCUAAACUGUUGACAGACAAUACAGGGAACUAUAGCGAUUGCUGGGAUAUUUUACGGAAAUAUCCGAGUCUACAAGGAAUUGAUGGAAUUUAUGAAAUAACUAUAGCCUCCAAGACAAAGUUUGUGUACUGUGACAUGACAACAGGAGGGGGAGGUUGGACGGCGAUACAAAGAAGACAGGACGGGUCUACAGAUUUUUACAGGACGUGGUCAGAAUAUAAACACGGAUUUGGGGAUCCCUCUAAAAAUUAUUGGAUUGGAAAUGACGUAAUCUAUGAGCUGACAAAGAACAAGGACCAGGAACUCCGGGUUGAGCUACAAAGUUUUGACGGCGCUGAGGCAUACGCUCAGUACUCCACAUUUUAUGUCGGGGAUGAAGACAUUAAAUACAGACUCACUGUGUCGGGGUAUUCAGGAACUGCAGUUUAUAAGUAUAAAGACUGUGCAACCAUACUACUGAAAAAUCCAGGUCGGAAAGGAAAGAAUGGUGUAUAUACAAUUUAUCUGGAUGGAAAACAAAAGAAGAAAGUGUAUUGUGACAUGACAACAGAGGGAGGGGGUUGGACUGCUAUACAAAGAAGACAGGACGGGUCUACAGAUUUUUACAGGACGUGGUCAGAAUAUAAACAGGGGUUUGGUGAUCCCUCAAAAAACUACUGGAUUGGAAAUGACGCAAUCUAUGAGCUGACAAGGAACAAAGACCAGGAACUCCGGGUUGAGCUACAAAGAUUUAGUGGCGCUAAAGCAUACGCUCAGUUUUCCACAUUUUAUAUCGGGGACGAAGACAGUAAAUACAGACUCACUGUGUCAGGGUAUUCAGGAACGGCGGGUGAUAGUAUGGCUGAUAACAAUGGUAUGAAAUUUAGCACCAAAAAUCAGGACAAUGACCAGUAUGGUAGUGGUGCCUGUGCUACCUCAUAUCACGGAGCCUGGUGGUACAACACCUGUACCCUCUCAAACCUUAACGGAGAAUAUAUAUAUUCUGCUGUGUCUCGCCAUAGUCGCCCGACUUGGUAUAAAUGGAAAGAUAGAUGGGAAGCAUUAAAACAGUCUUUAAUGAUGAUAAGGCACAGUUAACUAGAAUUAAUAUGUGUUAAUUCUUGCCAUGUAAUGAUUUUA